UUUGAACUUCUUAAGUGUAAAUUGCUCGUCCGCUCAUCUGCUCGAGAAAAUUUCGUGAAAUUCAAUUAAAUAAAAAACAAAUAAAAAUGAAAUUCUUCAUGCUGUUGGCCUUGGCCCUUGUGGGCGUUGUUGCUGGUGCCCAGCUGCCGGAUUCGGCCACACAGGGACCCAAUCCACAGGAUAUUGCCACACCAGAACCGGAGUACAUUGACAUUGAGGAGCCACUGCCAGCUGCCGCCGCUCCUGCCCCGGCCCCGCGGCCAGUGUUUGCUGCGCCCAUUGCACGUCCCAUUGCUCGUCCCGUGGCCGUUCAGCAGGCAUUCAUCCAGCAGCAGCCGCAGCCACAGCCCAUUGCACAGCGUGUGCAGUAUCUGCCGCCCCAGCAGCAGCAGCUGGCGGGACACUCGUUCAACAGCAGGAGCGGCUACCAGUACCGUCGUCCAGUCUAUCAUUAACCUAUACCCACGCACAUUACCACGCACUGAAAACAAACCCUUCUACAAAAAUCUAUCCAACUAUCGAAUCUAUCCUAACCAACAAUCCUAAUCCUAGAACGAAACAUCAAAGAACGAGCAACGAACAAGCAGCAGCCAAGCCAAGAAAGCAUAAAAAAAGAGCAAAAGUACAAAGAGACAAAUGAUGAAGACGUUGUUCUAAGACCCAAGUAUUCAGUUAUUGUUGAAUGUUCCAAGUAAUGUACGCACGCGUAAAUAAACGUAAAUUAUUUGUAAAAAUGAUAAAAAAAAAUCCACAAAAAUCAAA